UCUUUAUUUUUGUUCCGGUGUACAAGUCUCUUUUCUAAAUCGUUCCGUCUGUCUUGGAAGCUAAAUCCCUUUCUGCUACAAUCAGAUAACAAAUCGAGCGAGAGAGUGGUCUUUAGAUUUUCCACGACAGAGAAUCCAAAACCCUAAACCAUCCAUCCCCACACAGACACGGAAAAAGUUAGGGUUUACAAUCUCGAUUGAUGGGAAGCAGCAGCGACGAUGAUGAUCGGAUCUUCAAUGGUGAUUUCAGCGAGGAAGGAGUUGUCAAGCUGAAAGAGAGAGUGAAGGUUAAGCUGAAAGAGUACAUGGGAGACUACACUGAUGACAUUCUCGUGGAGUAUGUGAUAGUCUUGCUUAAGAAUGGGAGGAGGAGAGAGGAAGCUAAGAAUGAAUUGAAGAUCUUUCUUUCAGAUGAUAGCGAUUCUUUCGUGUCUUGGUUGUGGGAUCAUCUGGGUGAAAGUGUGGAUGAGUAUUUUACAGUUUCUCAUGUUGAGCAAAAGAAGAUGAGAAGCAGUCUGCAUGAGGAGGAUAAAGCACUUGUGCAAAUGGAGUCCGAAUCUGGAAAAGAACGAGCACCAGCUCGGCGCAGUAGACAGUGGAGAACCCAGACGAGUGACGUUCCUCCUCUUUUGAGUUCUGAGGUUCACAAAGUUCAUAACUACGAGAAGGGAGAACACAGAGGAAGAGAUGGUAAAAGGUCUCGGUCUCCUCAGAGUCGCUCCCAUAGGAAAAGGAGUAAAACUGACAGCUCGCGGGAUGAACAGAGGGAGGCUAAACCUGUUGUUUCCAGCCGGCUGCUUCAGUUUGCUAUGCGAGAUGCUCUGGGUACAUCAAAGCCGACUGAACCCUCAUUAAAACGUCUCCGCUCAGUGGUGUCCGCAUCGACUCAAGACUCAUCUGAACCGGAACCAGCUCGGAAAACCAGGGUUAUUGCGAAGGCUGUGAAUCCCAUGGCCACUGUUAUGAAAGCUGUAGCCGAAGCAGCUGAAGAUGCCAAGAAUCCAAUAUCUGGGAGAAGCGUCUUUGACCGAAUUAGUCAACCAACGGGGGUUUCUGAGACUUCGGACCAACAUAUGAUACCUGGUGAAGUUCCCCCUAAGAAUGAAGAACGUAGCGAAGAUCAGGAACCUGUACAGCAUCAAUACUCGCAGCGUCUUGACAACAAUGGAGUGUACGUUGAGAACAUGACGACUUUUGACACUGGCUUGCAGCCAAAUUUUGGUUCUGAUCGAAGCAGACUCGGUUCAAGUGUUAAUGGGUCUCACUCGAGUUCUUUGAUGAGGAACAGAGUUAACAAUACAAAAAGUCUGCAGCAUCGUUUAGUCGAUGACCCCAAUAGAGUUCAGGGGACGAAUUAUCAAAACCACCUUAACGAACAGAAGACUGCAGGUUUCUCUGGCAAUGCAGGUACAGGGAAAACAGGAAAGUUAGAAGAGCGGAUGAAAGUACCAGAUGUGGGCUUGCGAAGAUAUAUGGACGGAGGCAGAUUAGUUUCUAGUGAAGCCAUCACAGAAUCAUCAACGGAUAAAAUCUUAGGGAGUGGAAAUACAAAACCAGCUGCUAUUGCUAAAGAAGACUCGAUGACUAAGAAAUCUGUUCCUGGGACAUUAUCGACAACCCGCCCGUUGGAAGAUGCUAGGUCUCGAACAAUCUUUGUCGCCAAUGUUCAUUUUGGUGCCACCAAGGAUAGCCUUUCAAGGCAUUUUAACAAGUUUGGUGAAGUGCUUAAAGCUGUCAUUGUUACAGAUCCAGCGACAGGGCAACCGAGUGGAUCAGCAUAUAUCGAGUUCACGCGCAAAGAAGCUGCAGAUAAUGCAUUAUCUCUGGACGGUACCUCUUUCAUGUCUCGGAUUCUCAAGAUUGUGAAAGGAAGCAAUGAGCAACAACAAGAAGCUGCGUCGAGCAUGUCAUGGUCUCGAGCAGGAAGGUACGCAAGAGCAUCCUCGCCUUACCGAAGAGGCAUCCCUGGUGGUGCAUUUAGGGGUCGUUCUGUUGUUAGAGCUGGAGCCAGGAGUAUGCAAUGGAAACGCGAUUCAGCAGAGACUGGCACCAACAACGUUGCAGCUCCAAGUGCUCGUAGUAUGACUUACGUCCGAACAGAAUCUCAAUCAAACGGAAAUGCAACAGCCUGAUGGGAUAAAAAAGAAGCAGUAAGAGCUUAGGAACAACAAAAAAAAAGAUGAGUUUUAUCAUCUGCAUUAUCGGAUUUUUUCAUUUUGUUUUCUUCUCUAUAAUCAUACUCCUAUUGAUGACGUUUAAUGUUUUUUUUUUGUAUGGAUAAUGAAAAAAACAAUAAAAAUGUAUUUCUAGUA